UUAGAAAGUUUUGUCUGCGAGCUCUAGCGGUGAAUACACUACCCAAGUCGUAUUUUAGUUAUUGUGCCCCGCCUCCGGUCCGCUCCUGAAUUUGGUCGGAACCCCACACUGCGAGCUGGUCGACUGCGGAAGGCAUCGCAGAAUGCUGCUGGACACCGAGGCCUAGGAUUGGGAUCCCGGGAGAACUCCCCCCCCCUCCAAAAAGUACAAAACCCAGGGGCCUGAGGGCAAAUAACAUCGUAGUAUCUCCCUCCCGUCUCCCUACCCCGGGUUAGUGCAGGGUUGCGAACCCCCUCCCCACCCCCAGGGGUUCCAGCUCAUCCCGGAUCCACACAAGAGCCGAGCAGAAUGGGAUUAGACAGAAAAUGCAAGGAAUGCUCCUGAGAGCACCCACCCUGGCGGUCAAAGAUGGAUGAAGGGAAGGUACUCAGAAGGAGAUUUGAACAAGGGUUGAGGGAUGGAGGACGACCCCAGCAGACACUGCGAGGAAGGGGUGAGGAGGAUGAGAAGGCCACACGGGGGGCAGGGCCUCCAGCUGAGGAUUGGCCAAGGGAGAAAGUGGCAGUGGUGAAACUGAAGGAGGAAUCGAGUUUGAAUAUCUGUGCUCAGGUGUUACUGCCCUUCCUGCUCGCUGGGCAAGGCAUGGUACUGGCUGGCAUCGUGCUCAACAUUGUCCAGCACUGGGCAGUAUUCCAGACUAUCUCAGAAAUCUUCAUCUUGGUUCCAGCACUGGUCGGUCUGAAAGGCAACUUGGAAAUGACCCUUGCCUCCAGGAUGUCAACAGCAGCUAAUACUGGAAAACUUGAUCAUCCCAGGGAGAAGUGGACAUUAAUCACAAGUAACUUAGCCUUGAUUCAGGUACAGGCCACGGUAGUUGGUUUCCUCGCUGCUGUUGCUGCUGUUGUUCUGGGAUCAUUCUCCAGGGGUAACAUCGAUCUCAAUCGAAUAGCCAUACUGUGUGCAAGUAGCACCAUCACAGCUUUCAUCGCAGCACUCGCCUUAGGUCUGGUGAUGAUUGUGGUGAUACUGGGAUCGAGGAAGGUUGGGAUCAACCCGGAUAAUGUAGCCACUCCGAUUGCAGCGAGCCUGGGAGACCUGAUCACGCUCUCACUGCUGGCCGUGAUUAGCAGCGUGUUCUUCGAGCACAUAGAUAUGGUGUACCUGGCUCCCUCGCUGUGUGGAGUCUUCCUGGGCCUGACCCCCUUCUGGACGCUCAUCGCCAAGAGGAGCCCCCAGAUAAAGGAGGUGCUCAAAACCGGCUGGCAGCCUGUCCUGGUCGCCAUGACGAUUAGCAGUGUUGGUGGCUUGAUCCUGGACAAGACUGUCACAAACCCCAACUUUGAAGGUGUGGCUGUUUUCACCCCUGUUAUUAACGGUGUUGGGGGAAACCUCGUGGCAAUUCAGGCGAGUCGCAUUUCCACCUCCCUCCACCUGUGGAGCGUUCCCGGAGUGUUACCGCGGAGGAUGUGGCAGAAAUGGCCCAACCCAUGUACGACAUUUUUCCGCUCUGGGAUCAACUCCACAUCCGCUCUCGUGCUGCUCUUCCUGGUGGUUCCUGGGCAGCUGCUCUUUCUCUACACCGUCCACUUUGUGCAGGGAGGACACGUGGCUGUAACCUUCACCUUCACUGCGUUCUACCUCAUUGCUGCUGUGCUGCAGGUUGCCCUCCUGCUGUAUGCCGCUGACCUCAUCGUACGCCUCACUUGGCGAAUGGGACUGGACCCUGACAACUUUUGCAUCCCUUACCUGACAGCCCUGGGUGACCUACUGGGCACUGGGCUACUGGCUCUCUGCUUCUAUAUUGAUUGGUAUGUCGAGAGCAGAGAGUGAAUCCUGAGAAAGCCUGACAAAGAUGGCAGGAAACGAGAUCCAGCCCAGCCCACAUUCUCGAUAGUUCCGGGGGAUCCUAGCAUUGGAGUCAGUAAAUGUACGCGAUGUCAACAUGAACCAGCUCAAGAUUGGGGACAGGGCAACAUUCAGGCAAUUUCUGCUUCAAACCAAAACAGUUGCUGGAAAAGUCCAUUCGGCCCAGCAGCAGCAUGCUAAUGGUGUUCAUAGUCCACUUGUCUCUCUCUCUUCCACUGUAGGAGUGAAUGAUGCUAUUCACUGAGCAAAUCCCUUGUUCCUGACCCUUCAGUAAGAUGUGUUGUUCUCUCUCUGCUAAUCACAUCACAGCCCUAUGUAAUCCUCACAACCUGCCGGAAGGCCACUCCACUCUCCAGGCUUCCCAGAGCGUUCUCAGUGUACAGCUCGAAGCAUCUUUUCCAGGUUCUUCCUUUUACGAGCGAGCCCAGAAAUAUAACCGCCAAUCAUUCUCAAAUCAAUGCUGUGCACAGGGUUCGCACUGACCAAUUGUUUUCCAAUCCCAUCCUCCUCACUGGAACUGGACUCUUGACCUUGAGUAGUUUGUGAUUGGAUCUAGUUAUUGGUGUUCCUCUGCCUGGAUCAGACUCUCGAUUAUCUCUACAGUAUGUGACCUCCAGCUUCUUCUAACCAAAUGUCAGCAUGUAGCAGAAAUCUCAGAUGAAACCCAUUUGCGAUUUCACACCCAUUCACUCAGAGACAAAGGAAACUGCAGGAUGUUACAUCAAUCACCCACACUCUGAUCCUGUACCCCAGUGAGAGUCAGUGUGUGUGUGGGACCCUGUACCCCAGUGAGAGUCAGUGUGUGUGUGUGUGGGACCCUGUACCCCAGUGAGAGUCAGUGUGUGUGUGUGGGACCCUGUACCCCAGUGAGAGUCAGUGUGUGUGGGACUGUACCCCAGUGAGAGUCAGUGUGUGUGUGUGUGGGACCCUGUAUCCCAGUGAGAGUCUGUGUGUGUGUGGGACCCUGUACCCCAGUGAGAGUCAGUGUGUGUGUGUGGGACCCUGUAUCCCAGUGAGAGUCUGUGUGUGUGUGGGACCCUGUACCCCAGUGAGAGUCAGUGUGUGUGUGUGGGACCCUGUACCCCAGUGAGAGUCAUUGUGUGUGUGGGACUGUACCCCAGUGAGAGUCAGUGUGUGUGGGACUGUACCCCAAUAAGAGUCUGUGUGUGGGACCCCGUACCCCAGUGAGAGUCAGUGUGUGUGUGUGGGACCCUGUACCCCAAUAAGAGUCUGUGUGUGUGUGGGACCCCGUACCCCAGUGAGAGUCAGUGUGUGUGUGUGUGGGACCCUGUACCCCAGUGAGAGUCAGUGUGUGUGUGGGACUGUACCCCAGUGAGAGUCAGUGUGUGUGUGUGGGACCCCGUACCCCAGUGAGAGUCAGUGUGUGUGUGUGGGACCCCGUACCCCAGUGAGAGUCAGUGUGUGUGUGUGGGACUGUACCCCAGUGAGGGUCAGUGUGUGUGGGACCCCGUACCCCAGUGAGAGUCAGUGUGUGUGUGUGUGGGACCCUGUACCCCAGUGAGAGUCAGUGUGUGUGUGUGGGACCCUGUACCCCAGUGAGAGUCAGUGUGUGUGUGGGACUGUACCCCAGUGAGGGUCAGUGUGUGUGUGGGACCCCGUACCCCAGCGAGAGUCAGCGUGUGUGUGGGACCCUGUAUCCCAGUGAGGGUCAGUGUGUGUGUGUGGGACCCUGUAUCCCAGUGAGGGUCAGUGUGUGUGUGGGACCCUGUACCCCAGUGAGAGUCAGUGUGUGUGUGGGACCCCGUACCCCAGUGAGAGUCAGUGUGUGUGUGUGGGACGGUACCCCAGUGAGGCUCAGUGUGUGUGUGUGGGACCCCGUACCCCAGUGAGAGUCAGUGUGUGUGUGUGGGACGGUACCCCAGUGAGGCUCAGUGUAUGUGUGGGACCCCGUACCCCAGUGAGAGUCAGUGUGUGUGUGGGACCCUGUACCCCAGUGAGAGUCAGUGUGUGUGUGGGACCCUGUACCCCAGUGAGAGUCAGUCUGUACGUGGGACCCUGUAUCCCAGUGAGAGUCAGUGUGUGUGUGUGGGACCCCGUACCCCAGUGAGAGUCAGUGUAUGUGUGGGACCCCGUACCCCAGUGAGAGUCAGUGUGUGUGUGGGACUGUACCCCAGUGAGAGUCAGUGUGUGUGUGGGACCCCGUACCCCAGUGAGAGUCAGUGUGUGUGUGGGACCCCGUACCCCAGUGAGAGUCAGUGUGUGUGUGGGACCCUGUACCCCAGUGAGAGUCAGUGUGUGUGUGGGACCCCGUACCCCAGUGAGAGUCAGUGUGUGUGUGGGACUGUACCCCAGUGAGAGUCAGUGUGUGUGUGGGACCCCGUACCCCAGUGAGAGUCAGUGUGUGUGUGGGACCAUGUACCCCAGUGAGAGUCAGUGUGUGUGUGUGGGACCCCGUACCCCAGUGAGAGUCAGUGUGUGUGUGGGACCCCGUACCCCAGUGAGAGUCAGUGUGUGUGUGGGACCCCGUACCCCAGUGAGAGUCAGUGUGUGUGUGUGUGGGACCCCGUACCCCAGUGGGAGUCUGUGUGUGUGUGGGACCCCGUACCCCAGUGAGAAUCAUUGUGCACGGGUCAGUGUAAUUAUUCCUACACAGCUUGUAAAAUAGAAUAUUUACUAUAUUUUAGUAUCAGAAGAAAAUUAAAUGGAGCUUUAUGUUCUAAUAAAAGUGUUCACUGA